GCCCGGUACACCCACCGCCCCUGCGCCCCUGAGAGCGGGCUGGAUGUCCACAAUGGGAAACGAGGCCAGCUACCCCGCGGAGAUGUGCUCCCAAUUUAACCGUGACGAAAUUAAAAGGUUGGGCAAGAGGUUUAAGAAGCUGGACUUGGACUCUUCGGGUGCCCUGAGUGUGGACGAGUUCAUGUCCGUGCCCGAGCUGCAGAAGAAUCCGUUGGUGCAGCGGGUGAUCGAGGUUUUUGACACCGACGGCAACGGAGAGGUGAACUUCGAGGAAUUCAUCAUAGGGACCUCCCAGUUCAGUGUCAAGGGAGACGAGGAGAAGAAGCUGAGGUUUGCUUUCAGCAUCUACGACAUGGAUAAGGACGGCUACAUUUCCAACGGGGAGCUCUUCCAGGUGCUACAGAUGAUGGUGGGGGACAACCUGAAAGACUGGAAGCUACAGCAGCUGGUGGACAAAACCAUCAUCACCCUGGACAGGGACGGCGAUGGGAAAAUAUCCUUUGAGGAGUUCAGAGCCGCGGUGGGGGGCCUGGAGGUGCACAAGCAGCUGGUGGCAGCCGUGUGAGCUUUUCCGAGCUCCGCCCAACGCCGACUUUCCUUUCUCUGUCUCUUUCAAGAUCAGCUCGAGAUGCCCCGCCACUGUCUUUCUGGCUUAUCCAGAAGUAUUUCUCUUUGUAAAGCUGCAUUUUCUGACACGAGCCUCGUGACCAACUGGUGUUAAUUCUUCUCGCAGAGACUCGCGGUGACACUUGAGGGAGCCUAGUGGGGACAGAGGAGGAAACGGCUUUUAUAAACGUCUUUUUCUUUGUUUCGAUUCACAGACCAAACUAUAAAGAGCCAGGAAGAACUUUA